GAAGCAAUGUACAGUAGUAUAAACCGUGGCAUAUGCCAAAUAUUUUGUGUACAACUAUUUUAAAUUUAACAAGAAAAGGGUAGAUCAAGAAAGAGAGAGAGAGCGAGAAAUGAAAAGACUGAAGGGAGUAGUGAUGUGUAAACCCCCUAGAGUACCAGAUGGGCAGUGCAGGGGUGGACAAGUGAUAGCCUGUAGAAAAAUAAAGACAAAAACCCAUAAAACUGUAAAAAAAAAAGAAACAAAAGUGAGAAGAAAAAGAAAACAAGAGAGAGAAAAAAGGAACCCUUGUGUAGGGAUAUACCUGCUUCAUAUCUUACCACACCCAUCACCCAGUUCGUGAAUCGGUUUAUUGCCCAUGUUUUGUCUACAACUCUCUGCAAUUUCUUGGGGGUCUUGGAUGGAACUGUUCCCAAACCAGGCUGUGAUGCGUCCCGAUACGCUACCUUCUGUGAUGCAUCUGUAGAAUUGGUGAGGGUUGUUCGGGACAUGCCAAACUACCAAUGCCUUCUAAGGAAGUAGAGACAUCGGUGUGCUUUCUUGACCAUAGCAACUUACAGAUGGCAUCACAAGAGCCACAUUGGCAGCUGUGUUAGUCAUAAAUUUGGAAAAAAAAAGAUGUCCCAUGUAUUUUAAUCAAAUUAUGAUGUUCUAUAACAUAUAACAUAUAACAUAUAACAAUUACAGCACGGAAACAGGCCAUCUCGGCCCUACAAGUCCGUGCCGAACAACUUUUUUUCCCUUAGUCCCACCUGCCUGCACUCAUACCAUAACCCUCCAUUCCCUUCUCAUCCAUAUGCCUAUCCAAUUUAUUUUUAAAUGAUACCAAUGAAUCUGCCUCCACCACUUCCAUUGGAAGCUCAUUCCACACUGCUACCACUCUCUGAGUAAAGAAGAGUAUAAAAUGGAAGUUGAGGAAUUCGCAGAGUCCGAGAGAAUUCCUUGAUGCCUGACUUUAUUUUUGUCUUAGUUUACAAGAUGUUAGUUGACUGAUUUGCAUGAUUUUAAAAUUCCCAUCACAGGUUAUUGAAAAUGCACAAAAUCCACGAGAAAACCUCACACUGUGAGCAUGAUGUUCAAACGCUCCUUUCUUCAUCAAAAUGGCUUCAGCUUCAUGGGCUCAAGAGAAGCCGAUUGACUCUGUCCCAAAUUCUGUCACAGAUUGGAUUUCAACACAGGCAAGAAUUUGACUCGAGGUUGCAAAAGUCUGUGUCUUCGUGUUAUGGCGAAGGCCUGUUCUAUCAAUACAUGCGAAAAGAUGGUAGAAUUUAUAAUAUAACGGCCAAUAAAGAACAGCUUCAGCAAUUUGUUUUAUCCCUGAUAAAGGCAACAAGAUUCUACCAGCAACGACUGGAAUGGCUGAACAGUGGAAGUCGGCAACUCUUUGGUGUUAUCCAGGAACGCUGCAUCACUGUUGUAUUAGACUUUGCACCUAUGUCUCCGAGUCUCUUCCACCUUUGCUGCCACGUUCUUCGUUUGAUUCUCCAGGAACAGAUGGCACUGAUUGGAAAGAUCAACCUUAUCAGGGCCGCUGAGGAGCUGGACAUGUGGCAGGCCAAAGCUGUUCCCGUUAAUGCACAGUCAAUAGCAUCAGCAGUCCAUUGGAUUGAGAAUCUUUGUCAUACGGCAGCAACCAGCAAGACAAGUGCGGUGGAGGCUGUGUUACAAGCAACAAGUGAUAAAACUAUUGAAGCCAUCUAUUUUUUUGCUGCGGGAGAUGGUCCUCAGGGAAUGAGGGAGCUUUUGCGUCAGAAGUUGGCAAAUAGCCCUCGCCCAGUUCACACCAUCUCGUUCAACGCGAAGGAGGAAGCAACAAUCCGGUUUAUGAAAGAAUUGGCUCAAAGCACUGCAGGAAGAUUUCAUGCAUUUGCUCUAAUGAAUGAAUAUGAAGAGGAGGAAAUAUCUCCCACCAAUGGUGUGAACGACACUGAUACCCAAACUCCAAAGACCCCCAGGAAACUUAUUGGCGGUGUGCCACCAGGAGCCGGAGUCAGAGAAGAUGUGUUUCUCAUCUGGUGUGAGAUAGAGGAAAUCAGAAACACAUUGGCAGAAGUUCAAGCCAUCGUCACAGGCGCCCCUCCGACCACGUCUAACGCAGCAGUGACUAUACACCAGCCAAUGUCACCUUCAAGAACAGAGGACUAUAUCACUUCAAAGCAGUGGCUCGUGAAACACGGAUUAAAGGCUCGUAAAUUGACUUUCUACGACGCACUUGUCGACUGUGCCUUUCCCCAUUCUGAUGGCGUCGUGGACAUAAAGGAGAAGCCUGUGAAUGAGAGCAUUCAGACUGAUGCAGAAUCUCGAAUUAAACUGGUGAAUGCCAAGUACUGUGGCCGCUUUGCACACACCCAGUGGAAAGAUGGUUCUGUCAUGCAUGUUUACAUCACAGCUGAGAAAUGCAAGCAGUACCAGCAGAGAAUGAAGGCUGCACUGGAGCAGAUGCAAAGGAGAAUUGUCUGGCUGCAGCAGGGGAGCCGAGAGCUGUUUGGGACAAUAAUUGAGGAUCAGAUAUAUGUCCUGGUCGAUACGUCUCAAUCCAUGAAAGAUAAACUCGAGUUGGUUCAAAAAAAGAUCUUUCAUCUCAUGCAGGAACAGCUUAGACACAAGACCAAAUUCAAUUUUGUGAAGUUUGAUUCCAGAGUUGAACCUUGGCAAGAGAAGCUGGCAGAAGUAAACGAACAAAAUCUUGAAAAUGCUUGGUCUUGGAUCAAAGGACUUCAGGUUGGAAGUUCCACAAACACACUGGGAGCUAUCAGACUUGCCUUUGCUGAUGCUGGAACUCAAGCUGUGUACCUCCUGUCCGAUGGAAGGCCUGAUCAGCAUCCACAAAGCAUAUUUGCGCAGGUGCUGCUUGCUCAUCCUGUCCCCAUCCAUUCCGUUGCAUUUAACUGCAACGACGUUGAAGCCAACAAAUUUCUAUACGAUCUUUCAGAGAAGACAGGUGGACGGUUCCAUUCCUACAACUGUGAAAUGAGCGAGGCCAAUAAUCCCGCACCGUUUGUGAGUGAAGACAUCUGCCUGCUGAAGAAGGAAAUUGAGAUGGGAAAGAAAGAUUUGGGGAAGGUGGAGAAGCUACAUGCAGAAUGUAUAAUGCUGGACUGGUAUCAUAACUGUGAAGAACCUAGACCAACCAAUAAGAUUUACAUGUACUAUUUUGAGGAAGAAAGUCCUACUUGCAGCCCAGCACACACAAAUUCUAGCCUGCUACGGAGUUUGACCAACGGUGGGAAAAUUGAUGAGAAUUUGUUGGAUGAAUGGAUGCUUCCGGAAAACAAGGAACUGUUUGUGAAUAAUUACAACAAGGAACUGGAGGUCCUGAAUGGCCUUAGUUUGUCAGCAGUUUCACCCAAAAAAACAAGAAGACAUGUUGAUAACUCUCCAGAUGUGUCUUCAGCUCAGUGGCUGAAGACAAAUAGCCUGACUGCCAAGCGACUGACAAUAAUGGAUGCUCUUGCCCCAACCGCUGUCCCUCAAACCGCCAAGUACGUCCCAGUCUUGGACAAGUAUAUUGUAUCUAAGGUGUUUGAUGAGGUGUUACCUCUAGCUCAUGUCAGCAACAGCAAGAAGCAAAUCACUCUUAUCAAUCCACUGGCUGUGAAUCUGGGAGACUACAAAGUAAGGCUUCGUCAAGCCAUCCAGACUUAUGAAAGGCGUUUGAAUUUAAUUGUGUGGAGUGCAUUGUCACAAGAAGAACGAGAUGUGUUCAGCAGUGAUAAACCAAUUUCAUUUCGAGAGCAUAAGGAGGUGCUACUCCAGGCUUUGGACAGAAUGGGCUGGCCAAUUCAUCAGGAGGAUGUUACUCUAAUAGAGGAUGAAAUCUACGCUGGCUAUUCGUAUGAACAGCAAGCUUCAGACCUUGAGAAAGCUGCCAAAGUGAAGGAGGUGGGAGCAGGGACUGAUGUCUGCAGAAAGCAUAGUCCCUCUGCAAAAAAAGUCACAAAACCGUCCAGGAGAGUUUUGGAUAUCCUUCGCGGGCAGAGGGUAAUUGCAAGGUCAGACGUUGAUGGUUUUUAUUAUCCAGGCAUUGUCACCAGGUGUGUUGGCAUCAGAAAAGCAUUGAUUGAUUUCACCAAAGGAGAUACUCAGAUUACACCAACUCAGUUCUUAAUCCAGAUUGGAGGAGCUGCACCAUGUCCCCCAUUGAAAGUGGGAGACUUUGUUUUGGUUCGUAGCGAUGUACAAUCAGGAAAUGAUUGCUAUAAGCCCGGUGUGAUCAUAGCAACACCAAACAAACACAGAGCUGACGACAAGUUUUUCACAGUUUUGAAAUACAACAAUAGAAAGGAACAUUCAUUCCGCAAUGGGCUAAUCAAAAUCAGCUCGACACAAUAUUCCUUCAUCAGUUGCUACAUAAGAGAGGCUCAGGUGACCGAUCGCACAAUUGAGCAAUUUGUGAAGCCAAUCUCUAAAGCAGUUCGGUCACAGGAGCGGCGAGAAAGCUUUUCAUCUUCUGACGAAGGAUGUGGGAAAAAGCAAAAGGAAAGCCAGAAAGUCAAGAAGUACCGGAAGAAGCACAAGGAUUCGUCGGUAGCCGAGGAAAGUGAAUGCCAGUCGGUCUCUGGAUCAGAGCCAACACUGGAACAAUUGAGUUCCUCAACUGAUGGAGAUAAUCAGGAAGAUUCAAUCAGCUCCUAUACUGAAUCUGUAUAAUUCAUCUCACAUUUUGAUGUCAAACGCUGUUCAGAGGAUUUAACCCUUACUUACCUUAAACCCCUGUCUCAGGAUGUUCAAACCCAAGGUUACACAACUCCUGUGGCAUUCUUGCACAACAAAAGCACUCCAUCCGUUGGGCGGUCAUAGCCGUUAGCUUAACGGCU